AUGCCUCAAAUCCCGGCGGACAUCCAAACUGCUGAGGCGGAGGGCCGCAUCCCUGCCGGUGUCACGGCCGACUAUCUGGCCCAGUCGCGCGAUCGGCCCACCAAGAUCGCCAUCCUCUUCGUUGGCGCCCUGACCUUCGUGAUCGUCGUCGCCCGUUGCUACGCCCGUCUCUUUCUCGUCAAGAAGUUCGGCUGGGAUGAUGCUUUGGCCGUCUUUACUCUGGCCAUCUACAUCGCCAUUAUCGCCCUGUCCAUCAUUCUGAUCGACAUGGGCAGUGGCCGGCACAUUGAAUAUAUCCAAUAUGUCCUCGCCCUGUCCCGCGUCAACGACACCGAACGCUACGACUUUGUCAUGCACAUCCUUUACACCACCGCCUUGUUCGUCUGUCGCCUAUCCGGUUUGGCCUUCUACCAGCGUCUGGCCUCGCGUCACCCCAAGAUCUCCCUGGCCAUCAAGCUCUCCGCAGGGUUCUUGCUGGCCGCGUUUCUCGCCCAAUUCUUUCUCCUGCUGUUCCAUUGUCUGCCCGUCACGGGUCUCUGGCCCUACCCCUGGCAGCCGCAGAUUGACAAUUACAAGUGCAUCACAUGGGGGGAUGUGUAUGUGACCAAUUCGGCCCUCUCCCUGGUCUGCGACGUGAUGAUGUUGGCCCUGCCCUCCAUGUUGAUCUACAUGCUGCAAGUGUCGCCGAAGCGCAAACUGCAGUUGUCCCUGAUCAUGUUCCCGGGUGUCUUAGUCCUGGUCAUCUCCUGCGUCCGCUUAUGGCUGGUCAUCGUCGGCCAGUGGUCCUCCGACGGCAGUUGGGCCUACGACCCCAUGCUGGCCAUCGAAACCUCCGAAGUCGGCGGCACCCUAAUCGCCCUCUCUAUUCCCGCUAUGAAAUCCUUAUUCGGGUCGUGGUUUUCGCACCUCAAGGCAUACUCCUCGCGAGCGGGAGGAACCAGCGGCAAGCCCAGUGGAGCGCAACGGGCAUACGGACGCAGCUGGGAAACCGGGGUCAAACUCAGCAGUCUGGGGACCCGCACGGCCGCCGACGACGCAUACAAGGUCAACAUUGGCGUGGGAGGGGAUCCCAGCCUGCGGGGCCCGACCAGCGAGGGGACGAAGCAUUCGCGCAACGAUGGGUCGUCGGAGGAUCUACUGAUGGACGUCAGCUUCUCGCCGGAGGAACGACAAUUGGCCUUCAAGAACGGGAUCCGCCUGACGGAGGAAGUGUCCAUAUCGUCGUCGCGGGUGUCGAGGCUGCCGCAUUUAUCGCGGUAG